GGGGACAAAAGGCUUUCCUGUUUGGCAACGACUGAAGCGACGCCCUGAACAAAGCAAAUAGAGGACAAGGGGUUGCUAGGAUGAAAUUGUAUGCACAAUAUUUGGAUCAUUUUACAUCGUUUCCAGUAUUUCUGUUGCGGCCUUGCCAGGUUCUGGAUCAUGUCUCUGUGGGAGGCCCACUGGCCGGGAGGAAAGAAGGCGUGAAGGAGGAGUGAGCGAGAGAGGUUAGGGUUAGCUUUUUUUUUUUUCUUUUUUUUUUACUUCUUUCCUUCCUUCAGGAGUCAAGAGGCCGAAAAUGGGACUAGUCGCCACCUCGCUCGCACUGCUGUGUUUGUGCUCGCUGGGCUUGUGUGUGCCUGCUGGGAGGCCAGAACCAACGCAGGAGGUGAGGGGAGCAGUGAGCAGCAGCGGUGGCCACGCUUGGGAAUCAUUUUGGUGAUUUAACCCCCAACUCCAUCCCUUGAUGCCAAGCAGGGAGAUGUCUCAUCUAGAGGUGAAAAAGGCGAGAGGUGAUGUUCCCGACACCCAUCCUGUUUCCGAGCCGGAGCCGACCAACCCGACGUCGGACUUUGAAAACUCCUACAACUAUGUUUUGUCCCGACUGGCCGGGAUCGACCAGGCCAUCCACAAACUCAACGUGGGACAUUACACUCUGGAUGUUCAAGUGGGACAGAUGAUGGAGCAUCUGUCCAGGAUGGACGCAAAAGUCUUUGAGCUGGAGGACAAAAUCCGUGAAGUCUACCAGCACAGCAAAGACAACCGCAAGGAGACCGGAAGACUAGAAGGUUGCCAGAAGGGUCUGAGGGUGGGCUACAAGUGUUACCUGGUCUACAACACCUUUGAGGACUAUGCUGGGGCUUCCAGAAAGUGCCUCGAUCGAGGCGGGCGCAUGGCAAUGCCCCGUGACCGGCGUGAGCAAGAGGCGCUGGCCCACUACACCAAGUCCUUCUUCCACCCGGGCAACUGGCCUGUGUGGCUGGGCAUCAACGACCUGACCUCCGAAGGCCAGUACAUCUUCGACGACGGUACACGGGUCUCCUACUUCCAGUGGCGCAAGCACUUCCUGUCUAGCCAGCCCGACGGCGGCAAACGGGAAAACUGUGUGGCCAUGUCGUCGGACGACGGCGACUGGUGGGACCACUACUGCGAUCGCACCAUGAACUAUCUGUGCGAGUUUGAUGACAGGGUGGCGCUUUAGAUCUGGACAGAUAGUUUGUUGGUCCAACCAUACAUCAAUUUUCUACCGCGUAUUCCCUUUGGGGUCGCUGGUGCCUAUUCAUUGUAUUUCCAAACAAGCUUCAAGUCUCUACAGUUGAUUCUGAUUACAAGUUUGACUCAGUUGAGUAAAUAUGUGCGUAACUAUGGUGACAAACAAAAACACGUUCAAACAAGUCAAAGCUAAUUAAUCUUUCUUGAUCGUAAAAACAAGUUGUUUGCUGCCUUAGUUGUUGCAUAAAACAGACUUUGCAAAAGCUACAUUGUUGUCAGGAUGAGACAUGCAAACAAACAAUAGAGGAAAACGAGCGGAGGACAUUUAAUCAAAGAGGACACUGAGGAGUACAAUAUUGCAACAACAGGCAUAGCUUACAUCAGCGUGUUUAUUUUUGGCAUUUCUAACCAUGAAACUCACAAUGGUACAAUUUGCUCAACCAAUAGGCUACUAUCAAACAAUUCCCAUUGUCCAUACGGUAUCAGGUCAGCACCCCAGCUAACCAGAUACCUGAAAUAGUACCUGCUUUUGCCAGUGGAAAAACAUAAAUAACUAGGUAGUUAGCAGUUCUUGUCAUUCAUUCAUACACUUGUGGCGGACCGCCUCAAAUACAUUUGGUACUACCUGGCUCGCUCAUUCACAUAACGCACCUGCUAUAAACGACAAUAGGGAGGGAUCAGAGCUGCCAAUUGAGCAUGUUUGUCUUGAAAUGAAAAACAAAAAAGAAAUGACAGAUGAACAUUUGUUCGUAGUUCCAAAAUUAUUUAUUUUGCUUCUCAUGUCAUUUUUACUCGCUUUUUGCAAAUGCAACAUGCUCCAUCAUGCAAUUUCGACUAUUAGGUUAUUACACCCACCUCCACCACAAAUAGACUGUAUUUCUAUGGGAAACACUUAUCAUGCAGUGGAAAAGAAGCUGGAGAUUUACCACUGGCUGGCUAAAGGGAGUAAUGCACAUUUAAGACACCUUUUACAGCAAGAAAGAAUGUUUUAAGUUUUUUAAACACAUCAUUAAAAGCAUUUUGACAAUGUCGUAUCGGUAUUUUGCGGCUUGUAUUAAUCUGGUGAUGUCAGCAUAUUGGUUAUAAUGUUACACUGUUGUACUUCCACAAAGCUUUUGUUUUUUUAUGUCGGAUUUGGGGUCACCGAGGGCUGAGAUAAUCCUUACAAAUAUUUGUGCAAAGUCUGGUGCAGGGCGGGACUCGUGUUUGAAAAAGGCCAAAUUUAAUUGUUCUUCUCUGAAUUUUGUUUUUGUUUAAGUUCAAACAGCUGAUUAUUCACAUCCUAUUUCUUAUUAAAAAUUAAGCGUAACUAUCUGUAUUACACUUCAUGACCGGGGGGGGGGGGGGGGGCAAAA